AUGGCAAAUGAAGAUGCAUCAAGAGUACUAGAGAUGGGCAACUCAUACGUGUUCAACCUUGAUUUUUCGGAUUUAAUGGUUGAUAUAGGCGAGGAAAUCAAAGUAGAUGUGGAGGACGAUAAUACUCUUGUGAUCAGUUAUCAGAAUCUGCUUCAAAAUUCACCUCUUAACUGGCAAAGCAAGAAGUUUGAUCUCCCUAAGAAUGUAGAUACCGAUGAUAUCUCGGCUGUUUUUAUGCAUAGAUUGCUACUUGUUAGUGUCAAGAAGUUGAAUCGGCCAAAGCAAACCAAGAUUAUCAAAGUUACUAUGGCUUAA